AGGCAUCUUUUCCAUUACACGGUUGUUCAAACGUACGGUGUGUAAGCCGUACGGUUGAAAAAACGUGCUAGCUUGUACAUGAUACGGCAAAAUCACCGCGCGAGACAUUGGUAAGUACUGGCUAGUAGCGCUUUUUACUCGGGCUGUGUAGGACGUGCUGCGUCAUGAAUUUUCUUACGAAAAAAAAGAUUAUAGUUGCUUAUUACAUAUAUAGGAAAAAGAAAAUAGAAAAAAAAAGGGAAGUAAGGUUUUGGAUACAUCCGAUUUUAGAAAAAAGGGAGGAAUAUGGCGCGUUUCAUACACUUGUCAAGAAUCAAUUGAGAGAAGAUGAAGACAAGUUUUACAAUUAUUUUAGAAUGCAGAAAACUACAUUCGACAACUUGCUCCAAAAAUUAUCCCAGGAACUAAAACAUCAAGAUACUUUUAUGCGAGAGAGUAUAUCGCCCGCAGAAAGAUUGGCUGUAACUCUGAGGUAUCUAGCAACAGGAGAUACCUUUACUGACCUAUACUACAGCUAUAGAAUUGGAAUAAAAACCAUAAGUUGCAUCGUACGUGAAGUAUGCCACUACAUUUGGUUAGAACUGUAUAAAGAAUAUAUGAAAAUGCCAUCUAAAGAAGACUGGCUACACAUUGCAAGCAAAUUUCAAGAAUCUUCCAACUUCCCGCUGUGCUUAGGAGCGGUCGAUGGAAAACACAUCAGACUUAUUAAGCCAAUUGAUAGUGGCUCGAUGUUUUUAAAUUACAAACAUUUUUUUUCUAUAGUUUUGAUGGCAGUAGUAGAUAGCGAUUACAACUUUAUAUUUGUUGACGUUGGCGCCUACGGAAAGGAGUGUGAUUCCAGUGUGUUUAAAGAGACCCCAUUUUGGAAAAAUUUAACAAACAACGGAUUAAAUCUACCCGAUGCAACACGUUUGCCUGGAAUUGACUACGAUUUGCCAUAUGUGUUCGUUGCGGACGAAGCCUUUGCUUUGCAUUAUCACUUGCUUCGUCCAUUUGGUGGUCAUCAGCUUGAUCAAUUAAAACGUACAUUUAACUACAGACUCACAAGAGCGCGAAGAUUUGUUGAAUGUGCGUUUGGCAUUUUAUCCAAUAAAUGGCGAAUUUUUCACCGGCCAAUGAAUGUGUCCAUCGAUUUGGCAGUUGAUAUUGUGAAAACAUGUUGUGUUUUGCAAAAUUUUAUACAUAAGCAGGAAAACUUUCAGUUUCACAAUGCGAGUGAAAAUGAGUCCACCCUUGAUUCAGAAUCGGAACUAAUCCAGUUACCUAUCACGAAUGCAGUUCGCGGAAGUUUGGCGGCUAAUGAAGUUCGCAACAGAUUUGCACAAUAUUUUGUAUCUAACGAAGGUCGCCUCUCCUAUCAAAACAACUAUGCAUAAGUAAAAAGUUAAUAAUUAAAUAUCUGUAACUUA